AUGCUGCAGCAGCAACGGGGCGGUUUGUUCGGGGACAUGCUGCCUUGGGGCCAUAGAUUCAGCAGCAGCAGCAGCAGCAGCAGCAACACCUUUGCCGUAGACUGCAGGGCCCCCCUGUCACGGGUAGAGACAGAAGUGAGACGCUCUGUGCAGGCAGCUGAGCGUCCACCGUUGCAGCAGCUGCAGCAGCUGCAGCAGCUGCAGCAGCUGCAGCAGCAGUCACAACAGCAAAUGGAGGAGUUUGCGCGAGAGUCUCAGGCAGAAGGGGGCCUGCAACAGCAGGAGCAGCUGCUGCAGCAGCAUCUACAGCAGCAGCAACAGCAGCAGCAGGAAGAUGAGGAGCAAGAGGAACUGCCGCCGCAGCAGCAGCAAGAACCCAGCAGCAGCAGCACACGGACAGGGGAACGCUCUCGGCAGCGGGGGUGGCGGGGUGCGCGGACAUCAGCAGAGGGUGAGGCUGCUGCAGAGCAGCAGCAGGAGCAGCAGGAGCAGCAGCAACUGCAGCAGCAGCAGCGUCAGCAGCGUCGGGGGCAUGCGCGACAGCACCACCAGCAGCAGCAGCAGCAGCAGCCAGAGGAGCACGAUGCGGAUUCCUUGGAUAGCAGCGACUCGAUGGAUGUAGACAGCCACAUAAAGACAGGGAGGCCCUCUGGAGACGACGAUCCCGAGUAUAGCGACGAGGAGAUUCUGAGCAGCAGCAGCGGCAGCAGCAGCAGCAGCGAGGGGGAGAAUGCGGUGAUAUUUGAGGGAGAAGAGCUAGGAGACAGCGACAGCAGCAGCAACAGCAACAGCAGCUGCAACAGCAGCCCCAGCGAGGGGAGCAGCGACGACGAGGCAGCAACAGGCCCUGAGAGAGAAGGGCAGGAGGAGCCGCUGCAGCGCGAAGGUGCUGCAGCAGAAGCGGCAGCAGCAGCUCCUGCUGCUGCUACCACUGCUGCAGCAGAAACAGUCCAAGCAGAUGCAGCAACUCCUUCGCGUGCUACGCCUGUACGACAGCGUGCUGCUGCGGAGCAGCAGCAAGAGGCAGCUCCCGGUGCAGCUGCAGGUUCCCCGGAUCCCAGCAGCAGCAGCAGCAGCAGCAGCAGCAGUUGCAGUAGGAAUAACCCUGCAGCCUUGGGUGCUAUCCAGCUGUACGUACACUCCGUGCCUGUGCCGCCUCAUAUGCCUGUAAUGGAGGCGCUUAAUCUGUAUGGGGGUUGUGUGGCUCUCGGCAAGCGCAGCAGCAGCAGCAGCAGCAGCAGCUGGCGUGACAGCAGCAGGACGAGCGGGUGGUUCACUCCAGCUAGUGGGGCGGCUUACCGCAGACUGCAGCAGAUGCUGCAGGGAGGAAGCAGCACCUUUGAGAUGCUGCUGUCUACGGCGUUGUUGGCUGAUCUCUUCCCCAGCAGCAGCAGCGGCAGCAGCAGCAACAGCAGCACAGCGAGGCAGCGCGGAGAGGUAGAUGCACUGCCGGCAUUCCUCGAUUCUAGGAGACCUCUUUCUGUUGCUGCUGCUGCUGCUGAUGCAACGCCACAAACAACAGGCGCUGACCCUCCUGCUGCUGCUUCUGCUCCCGCGACAAGCAGCACGGGAAGUAGAAGGCAGAGCAGCAGCAGCAGCAGCAGCAGCAGCAGCAGCGGGGAGAUGCUGCAGGUGGAUCUCAGUGGGAGAUUCUGCAUCAUGGCUGAAGAGUGUGGUGCAGCAGCAGCACCAACUGCAGCAGCAGCAGCAGCAGCAGAAACAGCAGCUCAGGGGAAGUCCCUUUGGGACAAGGCCCACACCAUUGACUACUUAGUACUUCCAGCCUCACCAAGGACGCGCGACAGCAGCAGCAGCAGCAGCAGCAGCAGCAGCAGCAGCAACAGCAGCAGCAGCGGCAACGAGCUGCCCACUUCUGAGGGUCUUCGGCUGGGCCGGGAUACACCGCUUGUCACCUCUCUUGUGCAUCCUGCUUUGGGUGCCGAGCGGCUGCUGCAGCAGCUGCAGCAGGAGCGCUUGUCACCUCUCUUGUGCAUCCUGCUUUGGGUGCCGAGCGGCUGCUGCAGCAGCUGCAGCAGGAGCAGCAGCAGCAGAAGCGUGGUGUUGCUGCAACGUGCUGCGAGUCAAAAGAGCUGCACAAGCAGGAGCAGCAGCAGCAGCAGCAGGAGCAGCAGCAGCAGCGACAGCAGCAAGUGUUGGAGGAUCUGGCUGGGUGCCACAGAUGAAGCUGCUCCUCUCUUCUACGCACUUCCUUCAGCAGGUGUGAGUGUUACGCGGCGCAGCAGCAGCAGCAGCAGCAGCAGCAGCAGCAGCAGCAGGGCAGCAGAUGGGGACUUGCUGCUGCCGAACGUGUUUGAAGAUGCAGCAGCAGCAGCAUCACCUUUUGUGGUUUUGUUGCUGUAUGUGCACAACCUGCUGCAGCAGCUGCCGCGGCUGUAUGCAUAUGCUUCUAUCUCCAGCAGCAGCAAUGGCAACGACUCAGACCCAGCAGCAGCAGAUGCAGCAACUCUAUGCCGAGCUGCUGCUUCUUCACGGGGUUUGUGUGAGCAUCCUCUGGGUCUGUGCAACAGCAAUGGAGGUGAAGCAGCAGGAGCAGCAGCAGCAGCAGCAGCAGCAGCAGUAGAUAUUUCUUGCUGGAGUAGCGUAUCAACAAAAGCUGGGGCUGUCUUGGCUGACCCCGUUGCUGCUGUGACGUGCCACGGCAGAACACCUUUCUGGUUGAGGCGUUUGGUGUUUGCCUGCCCCUUCCUUUUCCCGCUGCAGCUGAGGCUGCUGCUGCUGCUGCAGCAGCAACUCGGAGUUAUGCGGGGCCAGUUUAUCUACAAAGUUCGCCUGAAAGAAGCAGCAGAACUGCUGCUGGGUCGCUGCAGGUGCAAGGAGGAGCAUCAGGAGGAAGCAGCAGCAGACGAGAGCAAGAAAUACUGGCGGACCUGGAAGGCGGUUUUGCUUGCACUGUCUUCUCAGGGAGCAUCGCUGCCUCGUACAAAAGUGAAGAUGCCCCGCUCUCACCUGGUGGAGAGUGCGGCGAAGGUAAUGGACCAUCUGCUGGCGAACAGCCGCAGCAGUGAGGAGCAGCCCGUUCUAGAGGUGGAGUUUGCUGGCGAAGAGGGAGUGGGCCAGGGGCCAACGAACGAAUUUUAUGCAGAGGUGGUCGUUCUUGCUGCUGCUGCUGCUGCUGCUGCUGCUGCUGCUGCUGCUGCUGCUGCUGCUGCUGCUGCUGCUGCUGCUGGUGGGGUGCUUGAGGCGCUGCUGUCGUGGAAGGACCCCGAGUUGUUUUUGAACUGCAGCAGCGGGGGAGGGUUAUUCCCUCGCGCGUACUUGACGGACAUAUCUCUGGUCCCAGUAGAAAUGCUGCGGCGCCCGCGAGCUUCUCCUCUUGUGCAGCAGCAGCAGCAAGUGGCAAGCUGGAGCGCCAGUUGUUCAGCCACUUCCGCCUGCUAG